CCGCCCGCCCGCCCCCCGCGCCUUCCCUCCGCGCCCCCCGCCCCCCGACCGCGGAGCAGCACCAUGUCGGCGCCGGCGGCCAAAGUCAGCAAGAAGGAGCUCAACUCCAACCACGACGGGGCCGACGAGACCUCAGAAAAAGAACAACAAGAAGCAAUUGAACAUAUUGAUGAAGUACAGAAUGAAAUAGACAGACUUAAUGAACAAGCCAGUGAGGAGAUUUUGAAAGUAGAACAGAAAUAUAACAAACUCCGCCAACCAUUUUUUCAGAAGAGGUCAGAACUGAUCGCCAAAAUCCCAAAUUUUUGGGUAACAACAUUUGUCAACCAUCCGCAAGUGUCUGCACUGCUUGGGGAGGAGGAUGAAGAGGCGCUGCAUUAUCUGACCAGAGUGGAAGUGACAGAAUUUGAAGAUAUUAAAUCAGGUUACAGAAUAGAUUUUUAUUUUGAUGAAAAUCCUUACUUUGAAAAUAAAGUUCUCUCCAAAGAAUUUCAUCUGAAUGAGAGUGGUGAUCCAUCUUCAAAGUCCACCGAAAUCAAAUGGAAAUCUGGAAAGGAUUUGACGAAACGUUCAAGUCAAACGCAGAACAAAGCCAGCAGGAAGAGGCAGCACGAGGAGCCAGAGAGCUUCUUCACCUGGUUUACUGACCACUCUGACGCAGGUGCGGACGAGUUAGGAGAGGUGAUCAAGGACGAUAUCUGGCCGAAUCCAUUGCAGUACUACUUGGUUCCUGAUAUGGAUGAUGAAGAAGGGGAAGGAGAAGAAGAUGAUGAUGAUGAUGAAGAAGAAGAAGGCUUGGAAGACAUUGAUGAGGAAGGCGACGAGGAUGAAGGGGAGGAAGACGAAGAUGAUGAUGAAGGGGAAGAAGGGGAGGAGGAUGAAGGAGAAGAUGACUAAUAGAAAACACUGAUGGAUUCCAACUUUACUUUUUUUUUGUUUGUUUUUUUUAAAUUUUUCUCCAGUCCCUGGGAGCAAAUUGCCGUCUUUUUAUUUUUUCCCUCUUGUGCUCAGUCUCCCUGUUUUUGAGGUCUCUUUUCUCUACACCAUGGUUCUCACCUUAUUGUGGGGAAAAUACCUGAAGCAAAAUACAAUGGGAAAAGAAUCUCUACCCCUUUCUGUUCCAAAUUCAUUUUAUCCCUCUUGUCUCGACAAAAACUGUAUGGAAUCAACACCACCGUGCUCUGCGGGAAAAAGAAACCCUCCUGCUCCUGGCUCUGCUGGAAGCUGGAGGGUGCCAGGCCCCUGUGUAGUAGUGCAUAGAACUCUAGCUUUUCUCCUCCUUUCUCUGUAUAUUGGGCUCAGAGAUUACACUGUGUCUCUAUGUGAAUACGGACAGUUAGCAUUUACCAACAUGUAUCUGUCUACUUUCUCUUGUUUAAAAAAAAGAAAAAAAAAACCUUAAAAAAAUGGGGUUAUAGAAGGUCAGCAAAGGGUGGGUUUGAGAUGUUUGGGUGGGUUAGGUGGGCAUUUGACAACAUGGCUUCUCCUUUGGCAUGUUUACUUGUGAUGUUGAACGGACAUCCCUGCAGUGAAGAUGACACUUUUAAAUAAAAUUCUCUCCUAAUGAUGACUUGAGCCCUGCCACUCGAUGGGAGAAUCAGCAGAACCUGUAGGAUCUUAUUUGGAAUUGACAUUCUCUAUUGUAAUUUUGUUCCUGUUUAUUUUUAAAUUUUCUUUUUGUUUCACUGGAAAAGAAAGAUGCUCAGUUUUAAACGUUGAAAGUGUACAAGUUGCUUUGUUACAAUAAAACUAAAUGUGUACACAGAGGGUUUGAUGGUUUUCUCUCAGAGCAGACGAGCUGAGUUUGACUUGUAAGUAAUGUUACUGUCAAACUUUUAUCACCCUAAUUGCGUAUUUUUUGAUAUGCACUUUGCGGGAUGACCUCAGGGCUAUGUGGAUUCAGUACAGGGGUUUGAAUUGAUGUAUUACUGUCUCCCCAUACCUGGGAACCAUGGGCACAACUUGCCUUUGGUUUCUUAACAUCACGUCGUCUGGAGAGCAUCUUGCUCAGCUGAGUUCUGAGUAUGUUGUACUGUUGACUUCUACCAAAUUGGCAGUUUUUUUAAAAUGGACUUUUAUUUACUUGAAUAUAUUAGCGGCUGCCACCACAGACCUGGUGCUCUUGACGCCAAGGGAGACAUGAGACAGUCGCUGUCGGGUCUUCACUGGCGCUUCAGUAUGGCCCAGGGCAGAGCCUGUCAGCAGAACGGUCCCCGUUGAGGCUGGGGUAUUGCCUCUGUCCUGGUGGGAGGAUGCCCACUGCCCUUGUACAGAGCGUCUUUGAGAAGCUCCCCAAGUGGAUAAGCUUUUGAAGGCUGUGAGUGGGCUGAAGUUAAAUGCCACUUUUUUCACAGAUGAAUUAUUGAGUACCCUGGGCAAAUCCAAAGCUUUGGAUGUAUCAGUAGGCGAAGUGUGAGACUCGUCGGGAUGGGGAGUGUGCGUUGUGCCCAGGUCUGGAGGGAAUCCCUCACUGUGCUCCAAUAAAGGAACAUCAA